UGUUUAAUUAUUUGAUACUCCCCCUCUCAGUCAACGAUUUUAUCUGCGAUCUCAAUGUUUCACAGAAUUGCGACUUAAAUUUCGACAAUUUAUGGUUAGAGAUAUUUUCCCACGGAUUGGAGAUGUUAAUUAAGUUUUAAUUGUUAACCUUAUUUGUAUCGUGAAGUUAUAUGGUAAUUGCACUCUGGUUUAUAUUGAUGACAGCCCUUUCAUCUGAUCUAAAAGUUACAUCUUUUUUAUCUUGGAAUCGAGUAAGAUUGGGACGAGAGAUAUAAUUGAAGUUAAGAGUGAGAUCACUAAUUGUUAUUGUUGUUUAGAUUGUUUAGAUGUUAAUUGUGAUCACCCCUUGAAUGUAAAGUCAUCUCUUUGUUUGAUUCCCAUGAUUUGUUUUACCUUACUGAUUAUCCUUCCGUCAAACUGAACCUGAUAUAAAACUAUCCCUUACAUUUGAACCUCUAUCAUCAUUUAGGUAAACCCGGUACUCAAGUUACAAUCGGAAGCAGAACCAUUUCGACUGUUCAUGCUAUUUAAUCUCAUCAAUGAGACUUGCAACUAGAUUUUUUUUCUUUAAGGUUACCCUUUUGAUCGGCUUUGCUCUCUUGUUCUAUUGGAUGUCAAUCCUACAAGUUGAACACUCGAGAAAAUUUAAUUCAAGGAAACUAGUUAAAUACGUCUUAAUAUUAGGUUACUAUCGAAGUGGUUCAUCAUUCUUAGGUGACAUUAUACAACAAGCAGCACAUACAUGCUACAUUUAUGAGCCAUUGCAAUUGUUCACUAAAUCGAAACGCAUCAAUAACGAUGAAAUUGACGAAGCUCUCUACAUAAUUGAAAAUUAUUUUCAAUGUCAAUUUGAUGUUGGACCUUCCGUGAAUUUAAAUAGAACCGAGAUACAUCGUUGGAAUUAUAAAUGGAUGAACUGGCUGUUUCCAGUUUGUCUAAAUCGUUAUCAAACUGUUUGUCCAUCUUCGCCACAAAAUUUAACCAAGUUAUGCUUACCAUUGAAAAAUCGAGUAAUAAAAACUGUUCGGUUACCAAUGAGUGCUCUUCAACUAGGUAUGCUUUCAAUGGAUCCAUUUAUUGAUUUUAAUGUCAUCUAUUUAGUGCGAGAUCCUCGCGCAAUGUUCAAUUCAAGGACUCAAUUCCUUUGGUGUUCAUCUGAUCCUGAAUGUAUUGAACCAAAAAGUAUUUGUCAGCAAAUGAGGGAAGAUAUCAAUACUUAUAGUCGACUAGUUAAACUGUAUCCAAAUAAAUUGUCUGUAAUCCGUCAUGAAGAUAUCUCCAUGAAGCCUGAAGAAACAGUACAAAAGCUUUACAAAUCAUUGAAUUUACCAUUUACCGAUAAAUUGAAAGUCUAUUUACAUUCUCACACUGAAAAUGCCAGUGAAAGUGACAAAUACUCUGUGAUUAAACAUUCAAAAACAGUUGUAAAUCAAUGGGUAAAACAAAUGACAAAAGAUAAAAUUGAAGAGGUUCAGGAAUAUUGUCAGGAUGUCUUCAAACUUCUUGGGUAUGUGAAUAUUUCAGAUGAAUUUUUGUCAGCUUUACAGUCAAACUCAACCAAUAUAUUACCCAGUACUUUUGAAAAUGUUUACUCAUUGAGUAAUGCAAUUUAGCUCAUGUAAAUCAAACAAGCUAAGAACGAAUUUAGCAUAAAGACAAUGAAAUGACUUUUAUAUUAAACUUGUGGUUAAAUUAAUCACUUGAUAGUAUUAAAGAUGACUUAUUUAUUUAAA